CCUCAUGCAGGCAGCAUCCUGCCCACCAUAGGUGUCUCUCAAAGCUCUCCCCUCUUUCACAGGCUGAUCAAAUCUAGGAGAACUUUCUGUGUGCUAUUGGGCACAAAGGACCCCUUAGCCCCUGGUUUGCCUGGCUCAGGGGCAGUGAUGUGUAGGAGUCCUAAGAGGAAGCACUCUGGCUUGGCUCCCAGCAUGAAGUCAUCAGCCAGUUGAUGAUCAUGGAGCCUUAGUCCUGGACUCUUGAGGGGUUCCCAGACCGGAGGGGUGGGAGAGGUCAGGACUGUGGUGAAUGAAGGAUUUGAGGUUGCGAGAGUCCAGAGGGGAGCCAGAGUUCUAAGGUGGAUGGGAAUGUCUAAAUAGAGGAGGGGGCAGUGGGGCUGAGUUUUGAAGAAUGUAUAGGAGUUGACUGACGUAGAGAGAGAAAAGUAUUCCAGAUUGGGAAUGGCACAUGCAAAAAUCCUCCAAGUGGGAUGCUACCAGGGUGGCCAGAGACACAACAGAAGGCCCUAAAUGUCAGGCCAGGGAGGCUGGGCUUAGUGCUGCUGGCUGUGGGGAACACAGAAGGGUUUAGAGCAGAGGUAGGCUGGGAGGAGACAGGCAUGAGGUCUAGUUACCAAGAUGGCCUCUGUUUAUUGGACACCUAUUGGCGGGGGUGGGAAGGACAUGGUGGUCACCAGCCCUAACUGUGACCACCCCCCUUCCCAGAACCCGUUUCACCUACAGUUGGACUGGGCCAGCCCCCUGGAGACGCUGCUGGAGGUGCUGGUGUCCGUGCUGCAGGCCCAUGCCUGGGAGGACGUUGGCCUGGUGCUCUGCCGCACGCGGGACCCUGGUGGCCUGGUGGCCCUCUGGACAAGCCGGGCUGGCAGGGCCCCAAAGCUUGUGCUGGACGUGAGCCGACCGGACACCGGUGAUGCAGGGUUGCAGGCCCGCCUUUCUUCGCUGGGGGCGCUGGAGGGGGGCUCAGCCCUAGUACCUGUGGCCGUGCUCCUUGGCUGUGACAUGGCCCGUGCCCGUCAGGUGCUGGAGGCUGCCCCUCCCGGGCCCCGCUGGGUGCUAGGCACGCCGCUGCCUGCAGAGGCACUGCCCACUGAGGGCCUGCCACCUGGGCUGCUGGCACUGGGUGAGGUGGCCCGACCCUCACUGGAGGCCACUAUCCACGACGCGGUGGAGCUGAUAGCACGGGCGCUGGGCAGCGCGGCCCGUGUGCAGCCAGAGCGUAUCCUUCUCCCCGCCACCACCAACUGCAAUGACCUGAAGCCACCCCAACUCCAGUCCUCAGGCCACUUCUUGGCACAGUUCCUGAGCAACACAUCCUUCCAGGGCCACACGGGGCCAGUGUGGGUGACCAGCUCCUCCCAGGUGUACAUGUCCCGGCACUUCCAGGUGUGGAGCCUGCGCCAGGACCCGCUGGGCACCCCAGCCUGGGCCACACUGGGCAGCUGGCAGGAUGGGAGGCUGGAGUUGGAGCCAGGGGGUGCUGCUGUGCAGCCCCCGUCCCCGCUGGGUGCCCAGGUCCGGCCUAAGCUGCGUGUGGUGACCCUGGUGGAGCAUCCGUUUGUGUUUGCCCGAGAACCAGAUGAGGAUGGGCAGUGCCCAGCAGGACAGCUGUGCCUGGACCCUGGCACCAACGACUCUGCCACCCUGGACGCGCUGUUUGCUGCCCUGGCCAACGGCUCGGUGUCCCAUGCUCUGCGCAAGUGUUGCUAUGGCUACUGCAUUGACCUGCUGGAGCGCCUGGCAGAGGACACACCCUUUGACUUUGAGCUAUACAUUGUGGGCGAUGGCAAGUACGGUGCCCUGCGGGAUGGCCGCUGGACUGGCCUGGUGGGUGACCUGCUAGCUGGCAGGGCCCACAUGGCAGUCACCAGCUUUAGCAUCAACUCAGCCCGCUUGAAGGUGGUAGAUUUCAGCAGCCCCUUCUUCUCCACCAGCCUGGGCAUCAUGGUGCGGGCGAGAGACACGGCCUCACCUCUUGGGGCCUUUAUGUGGCCGCUGCACUGGUCUAUGUGGCUGGGUGUCUUUGCCGCCCUGCACCUCACCGCGCUCUUCCUCACGCUCUACGAGUGGUGCAGCCCCUAUGGCCUCACACCCCGCGGCCGGAAUCGUGGCACCGUUUUCUCCUAUUCCUCAGCCCUCAACCUCUGCUACGCCAUCCUGUUUGGACGCACAGUAUCCAGCAAAACCCCCAAGUGCCCCACCGGGCGUCUGCUCAUGAACCUGUGGGCCAUCUUCUGCCUGCUCGUGCUGUCUAGCUACACGGCCAACCUGGCUGCCGUCAUGGUCGGGGACAAGACUUUCGAGGAGCUGUCAGGGAUUCAUGACCCCAAGCUGCACCACCCGUCCCAGAGCUUCCGCUUUGGCACUGUGUGGGAGAGCAGUGCAGAGGCCUACAUCAAGAAGAGCUUCCCUGAGAUGCACGCGCACAUGCGGCAACACAGCGUACCCACAACACCCCAUGGCGUUGCCAUGCUCACGAGCGACCCCCCCAAGCUCAAUGCUUUCAUCAUGGACAAGUCACUCCUGGACUAUGAGGUCUCCAUCGACGCCGACUGCAAACUGCUGACUGUGGGCAAGCCCUUUGCCAUUGAGGGUUAUGGCAUCGGACUCCCUCAGAACUCACCGCUCACCUCCAACCUGUCCGAGUUCAUCAGCCGCUACAAGUCCUCUGGCUUCAUCGAUCUGUUGCAUGACAAGUGGUACAAGAUGGUACCUUGUGGGAAGCGGGUACUUGCUGUCACAGAGACCCUGCAGAUGGGCAUCUACCACUUCUCCGGUCUCUUUGUGCUGCUUUGCCUGGGCCUGGGUAGUGCCCUGCUCAGCUCUCUGGGGGAGCACAUCUUCUACCACCUGGUGCUGCCAUGUAUCCGGAGGGGUAACAGGUUGCAGUACUGGCUACACACAAGUCAGAGAAUCCACCUCGCCCUCAACACAGAGCCGCUGGACAAGCAGAAAGAACCUGAGCCAAGGGAUCUGGAGAAGCAGCAACAAGACAUACCAACUGCCCGGUCAGGCCAGGGCAACUGGACACGGGUGUGCCAGGCCAUGGUAAGGGAGCGUCAUGUGCACUUCCUUCUGGAGCCAACCUUGGCCACUGCUCCAUCAGUAGUGGGCACAGAUGUGGAGGGGAACAGGUCACCUGAGGGUCCCAUCCGGCUCUGCUCCAAUGGCCAGCCACCCACCAUGCUGCCCACUGGCGCCCCACGCCCGGGGGAGCUGGAGGAACUGGAGCAGCACAUUGCGGACGCACGUUCAAGGCUCCAUCAGGCGCUGGUGCGGCAUGGGGAGCUCCUGGCCCAGCUCCCAGGUGGCAGCUGCGAUGGGCCACUGUGCCUGCUCUAGGCCUCCGGUGGUCUCCACCUGCU